AUGUUGGAAACUUGGACGGGAAUAAAUGUUAGCAGGUACGGUAGCCAGAUUGAGACAGGAGGAGCUAACGGUUCUGUGCAAAAUGCAGGAACAAAGAACCAUUUACAGGGAAACGGUGGUCUAGAAGCAGCUUCAACGGAAAUAACUAGAAGCAGCUUCAACGGAAAUUCUGGAAUGUCUUCACUAGGCAGCAUUGGAGACAACUUGGGAGGAGCAUGUGCACGUGCACGUAAUAGCCAUCGCAGCGAGGGAGGCGGUUCAGGAUUAGAAGCAAUGAGAGGAGUUCAUGUUGGUGGUUUCAGCAGCGGAUCAAACAGCUUUGAGGCAGACAGCGAAGACUCGGCGUGGCUUUCGAUGCCUGCAAAGGCGGAGGAAAGAUUUGGAAUGGGAGCAUUUGACUUCAUGUCUAGAGGACUAGCUGGAUACAUCAACAGGCAACCAAACGGAGGAAUUGCAGCUUAG